AUGACUGUAUCCGGACCGUCGUUCGAACGUAUGUUCAACCGUAGACUCUACAAUGCAUUGCAUCAUGAUUGGCUAUCUGCAUAUAUCGUGUAUAUGGGGAAGAGGCUUAAGAAGGAACCUAACUCAAUACCAUCAUUUCAUAAAAGUCUGCUCAGCCAAGUAAUUACAAGCGAUGGUGCAGCUGAACGCUUACUGCACAGUUACAGCAGGAGUUUUAAUGCCUUUGCAGCCAUGCUCACUGAGGAUCCGGUAAUUAAAUUCUCAGAUAUAGAUGGGGUGGUUUCAGUCUUCCCCAACCAGCAAAGAGAGCUUCAUACCACACGAUCAUGGAGCUUCAUGGGCUUCACACCGAGAGCACCUCGUGGUGCCUUCGAGUCUGACGUUAUUGUCGGCGUGCUCGACACCGGUAGAUGGCCGGAAUCUAAGAGCUUUGACGACACCGGCUUUGGCCCGCCACCGAAUGGCACCUGCCAGACUUCCAACCACAACUUUGUUGAAAUAUAA